UUUUCUAAUUAUUUUCGAAAAUCCAGUAAUGCAAAAAUUUAAAAAUGCUAAAAGCCCUAAUGUCAAACAUCCAUAAUGCCAAACCGUGUCAACGCCAAAAAUUGAUGGCAUCAGGGAUGGCUGCCAAAAUUUUUUCAAUGGAGCGCCAGACGCAAAACUCCGAAUUUUUCCAUUUCUAAAACACGCCAAAAUUUUAUGUCCGACUUCCGGGGUUGGCAUCCAUCAAAAAACUUCCAAAAAAUUUUUUUUAAUUAUUUUUUUCAGUACACAUUAAUCCCAAAAGCAAACCAAAGUGUAAAAGUUUUGGCAGAAAUGUCAGUUUUUCUUCUUGUAUUAAUUCAAAUGCAUCGUCAACAUUUACUUGGAGAAGUUUUAGAUUUAAUACCAAUAUUUCUUCGUUAUAUAAAUAUUAAAUUGCCUGAACAUUUGAAGUUAGAAAAAAAUUAUAAUAGAGAAUUGGUCGAUGAAUUUCAUAAUUCUCAAGUUAGAGCACUUUCUUUUAUUGGUUAUACAGCAAAACAAGCACAGAUUGCCACAGUCGUUAGUGAACAUACAAAAUCUAUCACAGAUGCAAUUUUAAUGUUAAUUGAUUCAUUCCAUCCAGAAGUAAUAAUUCAAAGAAGGGAAUUACUUAUGUCAUUAAAAUAUUUAUUCCAAUCAGAAUUUAAAACAAAUUUUAUUACAUUAAUUCCAAAAAUGUGUGAUGAAAAAGCUUUGCUAGGAAAUUCAUUUACUUCACAGGAUCAGUUGAGAAACCAGUCAUAUUCACUGCUUGCAGACAUAUUACAUCAUGUUAGAAUGAAUAUUCCACAUUUACUUAAACAUAUAUUUUUUCUUUGUUCUCGGUGUUUACAUGACCAUCAACUUUUACCUUACGUACAAACAAUGUAUGGAAAAUUGAUGAUGAAUUUAAUUGAACCUUUAAUUAUACAAUCAAAAGAGAAUGGAACUGAAAUUCGUCUAAUUCUUUGUAAUUCAAUCAAUUCAUUUCUUCGAAAAGCAAAAUUAAUUGCUAAUUAUCAUUUACCUUUAAUUAAAGAAAAAUAUAAUAAAAGUAAUAUUAUUCAACAACAACAACAGCAACAAAUUAAAUCAACAACAGAACAAAAAAAUUUACAAUCUCCAAGUAAAACAAUUGUCUUAACUGAAGGACAACAAACACAAGAAAUUGAAAAUACUGGAGGUGGAGGAGGAGGGCAAAAACAGGAAAAAAGUUCAUCUUCAAUAGAGGCAAGUCGUGCUACAUUUUGGCAAGAUCCAAUUUCACCUCUUUCUUUAAAUGAUUGUAAAAAUUUAGUGAGAUUUAUUAUUCAACCAAUAAAAAUGAUGGUUAUAGCACUCAAGGAAAUUGGAAUUGAACAAGGUUGUAAAAAAUUUUUUUGUGGUUAA